UUCUAAAGAUUUGUUGCCCAAAGUGAUAAGAGCCGCGUCAGCGUUAACGACUACUUCGCUUCGCCUCUGAACCGAAGUGAAGAAAGACGACGAUCCAUUUCCCGAUUCCCUCGCCAAAACAUCCACCGCGAACCUCUCUUCAUCGCCGCAGACAUGUCCGAGUCAAGAACCGACUCGCCGCCGCCACCGCCGCCGCCGCCGCCAACCAAAUCCUCGCUGAAGCCUUCACUCGCGGUCGCUCUCCUAUCAGUCUUGGCUCCAAUUCUUGCAGCCGCGAUCCUGUACCGGCGUGAGCCCUUCGACCCGGCUCCGAUGCCCAUCCACGACCUGUCCAGGCCUGUCGCCGCCCCGCGGGAGAACGGCCGCAUGCUGCGCGGCGCGGAGAUGGUCGGGGCCGGGCGGGUGGUGGGGCCCGAGGACGUGGCGUACGAUCCGGCGUCGGGGGCCAUCUACGUGGGCUGCGCGGACGGGUGGGUGAAGCGGGUCAGGGUGAGCGGCUCGGCCGGCGACGCCGCGGUGGAGGACUGGGUCAACACCGGCGGGAGACCGCUCGGCCUCGCCCUCGGGCGCGACGGCGAACUUAUUGUUUGCGACCCCUACAAGGGGCUACUGAAUGUGAGCAAACACGGAACCGUGGAGCUAUUGACGGAUGAGGCGGAAGGCGUGAAGUUCAAGCUCACGGACGCCACGGCCGUGGCCCGUGACGGGACGAUAUACUUCACCGAUGCCUCGUACAAGUACGCCUUCCACGAGUUCAUUUGGGACGUUCUGGAGGGCCGGCCGCACGGGAGGUUCUUGAGCUACGACCCGGCGACCAAAGAGACUAAAGUGCUAGCUCGGGAUCUCUACUUUCCCAACGGCGUCGCGCUCUCGCCCGACCAAAGCUUCGUGAUCUUCUGCGAAACCGUCAUGAGGAGGUGUAAGAGGUACUAUAUAAGCGAGCGGAAAGGGUAUAUUGACACAUUCAUCGGCGGCUUGCCGGGGUAUCCGGAUAACAUCAGAUAUGAUGGAGAAGGCCAUUACUGGAUUGCACUCUCCUCGGGAACCUCGGUGUCGUGGGAUUUGGCGUGGAAGUAUCCGUUCAUAAGAAAAGCAGCUGCGAUCUUGGAGAGAUUGAACAGACGACCGGCGAUGGAGAAGAACGGCGGGGUUUUUCAAGUCGAUUUGGAGGGAAAGCCGGUUGCGCAUUACUACGAUCCUCAGCUGUCAUUGAUAUCGAGUGGGAACAAGAUUGGUGACUACUUGUACUGCGGUUCCCUCCACUAUCCUUACAUCCUUCGCCUCAAAUUAGAUUAGAGGCUUCUUGUUGUGUUAUGAACUUAAGCCAACCGUCGCGAUUAUGUUUUUAAUUAAGGAUUUGUAUGUUUCACUGAAAAUUUCACGAUAAAAGAAAAUAUUUUCCAUAGAAA